GGGGUUGGCGGCGGCUGCGCAGCUCCGCGGGGGCUGUGGCCGGGCGUCUCCGCGGACUCGGCGGGGAGACGCCGCGGGAGGCUGUGACUUCCAGAGGGCGGCUUGGACGGAGCGUGUUGGUGGCGGCGGCAGCAGCAGUAACAGUAGCAGCAGCAGGAAAGGAAAGAAGAUUUUCAUUGUGGAUGCUUCUUCAGCUGCCUUGUGAUGGAAGGGAUAUAUUUUUGAAGUUAUAAUGGAUUUUACACAGCAGCGUAACGAAAACUGGCCUAAUAUCAGCAUUUCUAUUUGAAGAGAAUAGACCUAAUUGCACAUAACCAUGACAACUUCUCACAUGAACGGACACAUCACAGAAGAUUCUGACAGUGAAGCAAAAAAUGUGGAUCUUGCAUCUCCUGAGGAACCUCAGAGGCACCGAGAAAUGGCUGUCGAUUGCCCUGGAGAUUUGGGCUCCAGGAUGAUGCCCAUGCGGCGGAGCGCUCAGCUGGAGCGAAUCCGGCAGCAGCAGGAGGACAUAAGGCGCAGAAGGGAGGAAGAGGGAAAGAAACAGGAAUUGGACCUUACUGCUUCCAUGAGGCUUAAGAAGUUAGCACAAAUUCCUCCAAAAACUGGAAUAGACAAUCCAAUAUUUGAUACAGAAGAAGGGAUUGUUUUGGAGAGUCCUCAUUAUACUGUGAAGACACUAGAAGUGGAAGAACUACUAACUUCCCUAAAACAUAUCCAGCAUGUUUUGGUAGACCCUCAGAGCCAAGAGGAUCUCGCUCUCAUCUUACAGCUUGUUCAAAAUACUGAUUUUCAGAAUGCAUUUAAGAUACACAACGCGGUUACAGUGUACAUGAACAAAGCCAGCCCUCCGUAUCCUCUCAUCUCCAAUGCACAAGAACUAGCACAAGAGGUUCAGAGUGUUUUGAAACCCAGUCACCACAAGGAUGGGCAGGAACUUAAUGCCUUGCUGAAUGCCCCUCACAUGCAGGCACUUCUACUAGCUCAUGAUAAGGUUGCGGAACAAGAAAUGCAACCUGAGCCUGUUGCGGAUGAAAAAAUCUAUGAAAAUGUUGGCACGUACGGAGGAGAGACGGUUAAAAUAGUUCGUAUUGAGAAAGCUCGAGAUAUUCCCUUGGGUGCUACUGUUCGUAAUGAAAUGGAUUCUGUCAUCAUUAGUCGAAUAGUCAAAGGAGGUGCUGCAGAGAAGAGUGGGCUGUUACAUGAAGGGGAUGAAGUUCUGGAGAUUAAUGGCAUUGAGAUUCGUGGAAAAGAUGUUAAUGAAGUUUUUGAUUUACUGGCUGACAUGCAUGGCACUCUGACCUUUGUAUUGAUUCCCAGCCAGCAGAGCAAGCCACCUCCUGCAAAGGAGACAGUUAUACAUGUGAAAGCACAUUUUGACUAUGAUCCUUCGGAUGACCCUUAUGUCCCCUGCCGAGAAUUAGGCCUGUCUUUUCAAAAAGGAGAUAUACUCCAUGUGAUCAGCCAAGAAGACCCAAACUGGUGGCAGGCUUACAGAGAUGGAGAUGAAGAUAACCAACCACUGGCGGGCCUUAUUCCUGGAAAAAGUUUUCAGCAACAAAGAGAAGCAAUGAAGCAAACUAUAGAAGAAGACAAGGAGCCGGAAAAAUCAGGAAAACUCUGGUGUGCAAAGAAGAACAAAAAGAAACGGAAGAAGGUUUUAUACAAUGCAAAUAAAAAUGAUGAUUACGAUAAUGAAGAAAUUUUAACUUAUGAGGAAAUGUCACUGUAUCAUCAACCAGCGAAUAGAAAACGACCUAUUGUUCUCAUUGGCCCACAGAACUGUGGCCAAAAUGAAUUGCGGCAGAGACUUAUGAAUAACGAAGUGGAUCGCUUUGCCUCUGCUGUUCCCCAUACAACUCGAAGCAGGCGAGAAACUGAAGUAGCUGGCAGGGAUUACCAUUUCAUUUCCCGACAAGCGUUUGAGAAUGACAUAGCUGCAGGGAAGUUUAUUGAAUAUGGAGAAUUUGAAAAGAACCUUUAUGGUACUAGUAUAGACUCCGUGCGGCAAGUGAUCAACUCUGGCAAGAUAUGCCUUUUAAAUCUUCACACUCAGUCACUGAAGACACUACGUAAUUCUGACUUGAAGCCAUAUAUUAUAUUUGUUGCACCACCUUCACAAGAGAGAUUACGUGCUUUAUUGGCCAAAGAAGGGAAAAACCCGAAGCCAGAGGAGUUGAGAGAAAUCAUAGAGAAGACAAGGGAGAUGGAACAGAACAAUGGUCACUACUUUGAUACAGCAAUUGUGAAUUCUGAUCUUGAUAAGGCUUAUCAAGAGUUACUUCGGUUAAUAAACAAACUUGACACAGAACCACAGUGGGUACCCUCUACCUGGCUACGAUGAAAGAGAAUAAUUCCAAGGGACAAAUGGACUUCAGUUGAGUAAUUGUUCCAAGGAGAUCGCAUGUAGGUCUGCCCAGUAAUAAGUGUCUGAGCUCUGGACCUUGGUGGCUGCAUCCUUUGCAAGUGAAUUUGGGUAUUAUUGGGGAAAAAAAUAAAAAACAAAACAAAGCAAAAACACUAAUCAGCUUGAGAGCUGAUUUAACUGUUCUAGAGGUUGUCCAAAUUUUCUUUUUGUGGUCUAGAAAUGGAGACCUUGUCCGUACUAAAUUCUAAAGCUUUAGAUUUUUCUAGUAACAACUUUUAUACAUAAAUCCUCUUUUUUCUACCUAGUCACCCUUAGGGAAGCAAAGAUUUUAAGUGUGUGUAUUUGUAUAUACAGUCCUCAUUGUCACAUAGUUAUAAAUAUGAAUGUUAUUUAACGCUUAACUUAAUGACUUCAUGGGACAUGAUGGUAGUUCAGGAGUGUAAUUCUACAGAUCAUUGGGCAGAGAAAUAACCUACAUGUGAAAAAUGUGAUUAAUGAGAAAUCUGUCCUUUUCAAAGAAUGGAAGAACGAAGAUGCCACUCUGGUCUGGAGCUCCCUGGUGAGGCUUGAAUUUAUAUCCUAAAUCUAAAAAACAUUCCACUUUCUAAUAGCACUGUAAUUGGAAAAUGUGUAUAAUGUAAAUAUUUCAAUCCUUGUGUCUUCUUAGGCAGACUUUUUAAUUCUGAGUUGACUGCACAUUAAUUUUAGGUCCAAUUAAAGAUGAAUUAUAUUGAUCUUUUAGAUGUGAUAUUUUUAUGGGAUUUUCCUUGAAACAUCGGCUGGUUGGAGCCGCUGUUCUCCACAGAUCUGUAGAGAGAUUUAGGAAGGCAGAGAUUAUAUUUUUAUGAAAAAUAUAUGGUUAUAAAACACUGCUUGGAAGUCAGCUGAAGUUCUCAUGUUUUAUAACAGAAUACUGGCUAAAAUAGGCUGAUGUGCUGAACAUUGGAAGAUAAGUGGGUUUUUAAAUCUCUGCGAAUGGCUCAUCUUGUGGCUGUUGCUCUAACGGAUAACUAACUGGAAUUAAAAUAGCUGAAGGUAGCUAUUGUGUUAUAAACAAGUGUUGUAAUUCACUAGCCAACAUACUGUCCUGCAUUUGCUCACUACUGCAGUAAAUAUAUGUGUGAAACACUGGUAACUGACUGAGAAGUUGCAACAAGGCGGAAUACUUGUUAAAACAAAUAACUUGAAACGAGUGAACAGAAGGCAAGGUCUGUAUCCUAGUGUGUGCUCUGUGAAACAGAUCAGAUCACCUCUGCAUCUUCAAAUCUGAGCUAUGACAUUAGUUAAGUACAAAGGCUAUGUGUCUGCAGUGCGGGGGAGUUCUAUCGCUGAAGCUAACUGAAUGUUAGCAUCUUGGCUGUUUGAGUUUAGGGUAGCACAGUCCUUGAAUGUGAAUAUCUCUUAAUGUUAGCCAUGGUGUUUGUUACUUCCUACAGGUAAAACAUGAGUUAUGUCAGUUUGUAGUUCACUCCUGUCAAAUGCUGAAGGAUUUAACAAGUAGUUGAUUUUUUUUCCAUACUGUCUUGCGUAUAUUUAAGUUCUAAUGGAACAAACUCAUACCUGUAGCUGAACAGAGACCUCCAAGUAUAUGGGGAAUAUAAAGAAAUUGUGAAAUAACGUUUCUAGUUAGCGAACUAACAUUUUGUAUUGAAAAAUUAGAGUAUGCUCCUGUCCUGCUAUAAAGCAAAAUUAUUUGCUGGUUUAAUAUUUAGGGCUGAGAAGCAAUUAAAGAGGUAAGUAGUGACCCUUCAGGAAAAAAAAAAGGGGGGGAGGAUUGAAAACUUCAUGUUAGGAAAAAAUGUAAUGUUCUACAUGUUGAUGUAAGUACUGAAUACUCAAAUUGAUAGGUUUUUGCCUCACACUGCAGGCACAUUCUCAGUUUAUUCCAUAGUUUGAAAACGGCAAUGUUCAGAUGUAUUGGAUGUUUCAUAGGUGACAAAGAACUCUUAUCAAUUCUAUCCUUUUGCUUUUUAAGAAGAUUGUAGAUGUAUUAGGCCCUUUGGUACUGACUGUGUCCUCGUGGGACAAAAAGAUGAAAAGAUGUAAAAUUUGCUGCUUAAGGGUAACUUAGCUACACAAAUACUGUCCAAAUUCCCGCAGCCACGAUCAGCUUGAGAUGGUUGCUGAAAACCCCCUUAUACAUUCAGUGUUACAGCCAGUGUCACUUUCAGUAAUUGCUGUUAAUGUAUUUGAUGUUUUUCUCCCCAGUGUCUCUGAAAUGUUGUACAGAGGCUUGUUUGUAUAGCAAUAAGUUCUUGAAUGUAGACUUAAAGAAUGUUGAAGUUCAGCUCUAUUCUAAAUCCCAAGGCACACAGUACUCGCGAUAAAGAGGUGCUAUGAUGUUUAUAACCAGUGUUAGCUGUCUGCUGCUAAAGGGCUUUGAGCAGCACUAAGAAAUGUAUCUGGCUGUCCCAUCUGCCAUCAAUUUGGAUUUGGAACUACUUGGUAUAAGAAAUUACUCUGCCUUUUUGUACUAUUUUUAACACAGAUUGUGUGUAUUCCCUUGAGAGUAAAAGAGAAUAUGCAAACUUCAUUGGUGGAACACUUUAUCAUGGGCCUUGUAGUGAGCUGUAUCAGACCAAAAUGAAGGUAAUCUGCGUUUUUAUCAGUCCAGAUUUAAUUAAAAGUAAACAUUAGUUGAAUUGCGUGAAAGUUUUGAAUGUAAUUACAUGUGACUUCUUAAAAUGUAAGGUGGGGGUUUAAUGCCUUAAUUAAGGUAACUUUGCUCAGACCUGUGGUUAGCCCCACAUUGUACUUUUAUAUGUGUAUCUGCACUCUGUGUUUUGAGACAUCAUGAACUGCACACUAAUGUAAAAAUGUAAAAUAUUUCUAGAUUUAAAAUAAAUCACUGUACAAUUUUA